UCUCUAUCCAAAUCAAUCACGUAAUCAAAUCAUCGCUUUUUCUAAUUUACAAAUUUUCACAAUUCCUAUUUCAAUCCCAUCCCCAAUCUACAUAUCAUCGUAACCCCUAAAUCUCUCUCUCUCUCUCUCUCUCUCUCUCUCUCUCUCUCUCUCUCUCUCUCAAUUUGCUUUAGUUUUCAAUGGACCUUGCUCGAUUGAGAGAGAUAGCUUCCAUAUCACCUCAGAGAAGAAGGAAAUGGCUGCUUCUCUUAUCAGUUCUCGGUGUUUCUGGCUAUGGAGUUUACAGGGUUUACAAUUCUCAAUACAUCGCGAGGAAGACGAAGCGUCUCAUGAAGCUCUUCGGAGGAAUCAUUUCCUUCGCCGAACUGGUCAUCGAUUCCGCCGAGACGAUAAGUAUUCUGUCUCGAGACUUGAAGGAGUUUCUAGAAUCAGAUUCCGACGAAAUCCCUAAAAGCUUGAAACAGAUUGCGAAGAUCACUAAAUCGAAAGAGUUCACUGAUUCUCUAGCUAGGGUUUCUGAGGCCGUAACAAUUGGGGUUCUCCGUGGGUAUAAUUCGAAUCACGAAUCAAAGAAUUUAGAAGCAGAAUCAGGAAUUAGAUCGAAUUCGAGUGUUGUCGAGAAAAUUUUCUCAGAAUCAGGAACAGGUUUCGUCUCCGUCGUUGUUGGUAGCUUUGCGAAGAAUCUUGUUCUUGGGUUUUACUCUAAUGAGAUUGAGAGUGAUAUCGAAACAACAACAAUAGAUAAACCUAGAUGGAUGAGUUUACUCUGUGAUGAUAAGUGUAGAGAGCUUUUAGCAGAUUGCAUCGAGAGAUUCACAAGCUCAGCUAUAUCAGUCUACAUCGAGAAAACAUCUGGGAUCAACACUUAUGAUCAGAUAUUCUCCGGCUUGACGAAUCCAAAACAUCGAGACAGUGCUCGAGACGUUCUUGUCUCGGUCUGUAACGGAGCUCUUGAGACAUUCAUGAGAACAUCUCAAGAUGUCUUUAAAUCUUCAAAGUCUUGUAAUAAUACAGGAGUAGAAGAAGAAGAAACAACCGAGAGGAAGUCUUCUUCCUCGAAUGUAAACGGAUGGGCAGAAGCGAUCUCGACGACAUUAGCAGUGCCUAGUAAUCGCAAGUUCAUGUUCGAUGUUACGGGGAGAGUGACACUCGAGACUAUGAGAUCGAUCGUUGAGUUUGUAAUCUUGAAGACAUCACAGAGCUUUAUGAGGAGUUUUGAUGCGAUCAAUGGAGAAGUUACAGAGAGAGGACGUCAAGUAGUUGGAUACGUAGGUGCAAAAUCUUCGGUGAUUAUCACUGUUUGCCUCGCGGUUUAUCUUCACAUUGUAAACCGGUUUGUUCGAGGCUCCCCGGUUUGCUUAAACCAGCAUUUCUAAUCGUGGGAGAUUGAUUUGGUAGAAGUUGUUUAGGGCAUGAAGUCUUCAGCUUCGAUAUUCUAUUGGUUAUAUAGUUGGAGCUGAAUAAUGUAGACUUAGAUUAUUAGAUGUGUAAUGUCUCCACAAAAUUAUUCUUAUUGAUAGAUCAGAUUCUUGAGAUAAAUAAAUCAUAUAUCC